AAAUGCCGGCGCUUUAUACGGUUUUAUGAGAACACUUUGUCGAUUUCAGGACUUUUAAGUGUUCGUGACCGUCAACUAGGAUCAUGUUAUUUGUUCAACUCAAAAUGUUAUUUUUUAAAGUUGCCUUAUUUAUCUGAAAUGGUUUAUUUGGGAACAUUUUAAUGACUAAUGAAGGUUAAGAAACACCAGUAUUUCAGAGACUUUAAGUGUAUUAGUUAGUUAAUGUUUCUCAUUAAAUAAAAAAGUAAUGACUUUAAAGGAAGAGUAUAUAUACUACAUACCUCUAUGUAAAUAACACAAAAAAUGCCAAGGAAGAAUAAUGAUAUGCCUACAUUGUACAAACAUUAAACAAGAUUCUACAUUUUAAGUUAUUUAAUAUAAGACUAAUUCAAGACACAAAAGAAGAUUGACAAAAUAACUAAUAAUUUAUCAACCAAAUAUGAUUCUAUUCGCUUCAUUAAGUAAUUAUUUACUUUUCCUCAGACUCUUAAAAAUCUUGAACACUGACAUCUUUAAUUGAGGUUCUAAAUUUAAUAAUUUUCUACUUAUGUGAUAAAUUAAAACAUUAAAACAUUUUUAAAUAAUGUACUUUUAAUAAAAAUUUACAACUUUUCUUUACAAUUGUGAUGUAAAAGAUACUGUUAUAAUGUUGAGGAGAAAAGAAAUUGACUGACAAGAUAAAAGAAAGGUUAAUCAGAAUUUUGUGACCGAACUAUUUCUUAUGAUGUUUCCAACACUUAACUUUCUUGCUCUUGAUUGUCUGCACGUGGGUCGCGCGCGCCAUGCUGCCAAUAAACAAUGUGAUGGAUUUAUGGACAAGUUGAUCUCACACUCCAGAUAAUUUGCUUUUAGUGUUUUUGCAUUGGACUUGCUAAAAUAAGUGAUGUUAAAAUUUCCAAAUAAUCAGGACAGAAUAAUUGAUAAAAGAAAAAUGGAUUUAAAUUUUACUUAAAUAAAAUAAUUUCAAGUGAAAGAUGAUAUACUAAUGACGUCGCCAAAUAGGAUUAAUUAUCAAGUGUAGUGCUUUGAAGAUAUAUAAUUAGAAUUACUAUGGCAGCAAAGCAUAGAAAGAGUCCAUGCCUCAUUAUAACCAUUCUCCACAUCGUAACAAUAAUGUGUCAAGCUCUUACUGAACAUCCAAUGUUUGCCGAACCAAUUCCAAACGUAACCGUACCACUUGGAAGGGAUGUCAGUCUGCCUUGUAUUAUUGAAAAUUUAGGAGUGCAUAAGGUUGCCUGGAUUCACGUUGAUCGUCAGAUGCUUGUAACUAUUCACAAACACGUUGUAGCAAAAAUAGCAAGGUUUAGUGUUACUAAUGACAAUCAUAGAACAUGGCUUCUAAACAUUCGAAGUGUUGAGCAACAGGAUAGGGGCUACUACAUGUGCCAAAUUAACACUAAUCCAAUGAUAAGCCAAGUUGGAUAUUUACAAGUUGUAGUUCCGCCGAAUAUAUUGGAUUCAUAUUCAACCCAAAGUACAAUAGCUGUUCGAGAGCAUCAAAAUGUUACACUUACUUGUAAAGCAGAUGGAUUUCCUACACCUAAAUUAAUGUGGAGACGAGAAGACACGGAGGGUAUUUUUGUAGAGCGACGCAUGAAAGUACUUAAAUACGAAGGAGAGCAUCUGAAUUUAAGUAAAAUUACGAGAGCAGAAAUGGGAGCUUAUCUUUGCAUUGCUACAAAUGGAAUUCCUCCAACUGUUAGUAAAAGGAUCACAGUGGAUGUUGAAUUUUCGCCGAUGAUUUGGGUGCCUAAUCAGUUAGUUGGAGCUCCGGCUGGAACAAACGUUACUAUUGACUGUAAUACUGAAGCCUAUCCUAGAGCAAUUAGUUAUUGGAUAUAUAAUUACACCAUGGUGUUAUCUAAUGAAAAAUAUACAACGGACAUAGAAGAAAGCAGUUAUAAAACUUCUAUGAAACUUACUAUAAGAAAUUUGCAAAAUGGAGACUUUGGAAAUUAUCGAUGUAUUAGCAAAAAUUCCCUUGGAGAGACAGAGGGUUCGAUUAGACUAUAUGAAAUACCAAAGCCUUCAUCACCACCAAAGGCUACAGAAAUAAAAAGCAACGCCAACAAAGAAGAAAAAAAGACUACUUCAUCUCCACCAAAGAGAUUAACUACUGCUUGGCCAACUGUGCACUACUCUUACUACCCAGAGAAAACUGACAAACCUCAUACUAGAAACCAAAACAUUAGAAAAGCAGAAGAAAAGUUACGUAGUCACAGUACAGGGAGUGCGUACAUAAUCAGAUGGAGUGCUCCACAGCUGAUGUUUGUUGCAGUUCAGUACAUUUUGACUGGAAGUUACAUUCCACCAUUUGUUGAACAUGCGUUUUUUCAGGUUUGAUUGAAGUUAAAAAUUGAUCUAAUAGUCGACAAAAUUCAAACUGUAAUAAGACACUACAAUACCAGAGUCCAAUAUAUUAAUACAUGCCGCCAGACAUCCAAGGUACAAUUUGAUGAAACAACUAAACCUAUUUGAGGAAGCUGAUAAUUACUGAAGAACGAAAUUACAAUCGUCUUACACAAAGCUUCAAUCAGACACUACUGUGUUUGUUGGUUAGGUCAAAUCUGAUUUCAAUGGAAUGUGAGACGCUCUUAAAUAUGUAUAUAUAGGGAAAAUACUGACAAAGGAUUCACCUCAAGUAACCAGUAGUGUCGUGAGCCAGCAUAUGCAUUUUUAAAUCGUACUUGAGAACUUAUUCGUUGAUGUAAAAGAAUGUGUGAAUUUUAAGUUUUUAGAAGUGUGUGGUUGCGAAUUUGCUAUUUUAAUUCUAAUGUAUCUACUUACCUUGUGUGAUGUGUCUAGUAAUUCCCACCGUCACAUGUAAUGUGACUGACUUACCUUUGAGUAAGCGGUCGAUGAUUAACAUCAGGAUUUUGGAAUCAUCGUAGCAUACAAUCAACAUUUUAAUUAGAAAGUAAUAGUUUUAAAAUUUAUGGGUGCGCUGAUCCCAAUCAUUGAGCUCUAAUAUUUGCAGGUCAAAUUUGCACAAAGUUUUACGUUUCAGUUGCUUUUGUAUGCUGUAUUACUUUCCUUUGAACGAAAUUCAUAUCUGAAAUAUUUUAUUAUGAAUUAAAUAAAUUUUUUAUUACGUAAA